UUGCUAACUGAGAUGCAAUCUAGUGGUGUAUCUCCGGACAUUUGGUCUUAUAAUACACUAAUAACCGGCCUAUGCCAUGGCGGAAAAGUUAGAACUGCACAGAGCUUAUUAAGUGAGAUGCAAUCUAGUGGUGCAUCUCCAGAUAAAUUUACAUACAAUUCAAUACUGGAUGGACUUUGUAGGAGUGGACGUAUUAACGAGGCAAUUGAAUUAUUUGGGUCCAUGGAAGAUAAAGGGUUGGGAACUGACAUUUGGUCUUUUAAUAUAUUGAUCAAUGGGGUGUGCAGAUCUGGAGACUUUGUGAAGGCAAAGGAACUAUUUUGUGAAAUCUCAGACAAAGGAUUAGCUCCUAACACAGUAACAUAUACCACUUUGAUCAGUGCCGUUUGCAAACUAGGGAUGUCUCUUGAGGCUGAAAAAUUGAUCAGGGAAAUGGAAAACAAAGGUUGUGUACCAAGUGCUGUGACGUAUGAUAUCAUUGUCAAGGGUCUUCUUGAAGAAAAACAUGUCGCGAAAGCAUUGGAGUUUGUUAAAGAGAUGCGCGGAAGGAAAUUCUCACUGAGUAAUGCUGUUAAAUCCCUGUUAAUCAAUUCUCUGUCUGCAGAUCAACUCGAAAACAUAGGAUUCCCGGUAGACUGAUGGUAGGGAUUUAGUUUCUGUUGGACUUAGCUAGCGCAUCCAAGCUUUCAGAAGUGGGAAAACUCCUUGCCAGGAAUAUAGUGAAGUACACACAUACAGAGAGAUCAACUUCUCGGCUUUUAGCGGAGAGCCAAACUCUUGGAAGGUGCAGCGGGAAGAUACGUUUUCAAGCCUGACUUUCUGAAUUGGAUGGAACUGGAAGGCCAAGGUGGGGGCUAAUUUAGAUUUCACUAAUUUUCACCGGAUUAGCAAUAUGCUGGAUAGGUGGAGUAAAAAAAAAAAAAAAAAAAAAAAGGUA